CUGGCCCCGGGGGAGGGCGGUCUCCCGCUGUCGCAAGAGGCGAAAUGAGCCGCCUGGGCCCGUGGCUGAGGCCGCGGCCUCUCCGGCGCGGGCCCUGGGCGGUACGGCGGGGCCCGCGUCGGGGCUCGGCGGGCUCCAGCGCUGCCUCUGUGGCAGGCAUGGAGGAGCUGCUGAGCCGGUCUGUGCCGCCGCUGCCGCCCUACGAGACCAAGGAGAAGGCGCCGCCUCCGGCGGAGCUGCGCAGCGCGGAGUUCGUGAGGUACUACCGCGGGCUGGCGGCCGGGCCGCCCCGGGCCGAGCUCCUCACUCGCCUGGCCCGCGACUACGGCGUGGACCACGGCCGGGUGGCGGAGUUCAGCGACAAGGUGCUGCAGGCCCGGGAGCAGCAGAGGGAGCUGGGGGCCCUGCUGCAGGCCGAGGACCGGCUCCGCUACUACCUCAACCCCCGGUACCGGGGUCUCUUCCAGCACCUGGGCCGCCUCGAGGGCGGGCUGCGCUUUUUGGUGGAGCUGAGGGGCGACCUGGUGGAGGGGCUGGCGACCAAGGCGGUGGACGGGCCUCAUGUCAAGGAAAUGAAUGGAGUGCUGAAGAACAUGCUUUCAGAGUGGUUCUCCACAGGAUUCCUAAAUCUGGAACGGGUCACUUGGCAAUCACCUUGUGAAGUACUCCAGAAAAUCAGUGAUUCUGAAGCUGUGCAUCCUGUUAGAAACUGGGUUGAUAUGAAGCGUCGAGUUGGGUCAUAUAGAAGAUGCUACUUUUUUUCUCACUGUGCAAUCCCAGGAGAACCAUUGAUAGUCUUGCAUGUUGCGCUAACCAGUGAUAUCUCCAGCAGCAUCCAGGCCAUAGUGAAAGAAGUGCCACCUUUAGAAACAGAAGAUAAAGAGAAGAUCACAACAGCAAUUUUCUAUUCGAUCAGUUUGACUCAGCAGGGACUGCAAGGUGUGGAACUUGGGACUUACCUCAUCAAGCGGGUUGUAAAAGAGCUGCAGAAAGAACUUCCUCAGAUAAAAGCUUUUUCUACUCUUUCACCUAUCCCAGGAUUCACAAAAUGGGUUGUUGGUCUCCUCUCCUCACAAACAAAAGAACUGGAAAGAAACGGACUUUUUACAGAAACAGAAUGUCAAGAAAUCUCUGAGAUCACAGGAGACUCUACUACUGAAACACUAAAGAAACUCUUAAAUAACAAUGAGUGGGUGAGAUCGGAAAAAUUAGUUCAAGUGCUCCAUUCACCAUUUAUGAGACUCUGUGCAUGGUAUUUGUAUGGAGAGAAACAUCGUGGCUAUGCUCUUAAUCCAGUAGCAAAUUUUCAUCUUCAGAAUGGCUCUGUGAUGUGGCGGAUAAACUGGAUGGCAGACACAAGCCCUCGGGGCAUUGCUGCUGCUUGUGGCAUGAUGGUAAACUACCGGUAUUUCUUAGAGGACACAGCCAGUAAUAGUGCAGCAUACCUGGGGACGAAACAAAUCAAAGCCUCAGAGCAGGUUCUUUCCUUGGUGUCUCAAUUCCAGCAAAAUAGCAAGCUUUAAUUAAAUAUUAUGAAAACUAAAACAAGCGUUCCUCACCUAUAAAGAGCUGUGAUAUUUUGCAGUGUCUAUAUUUAAAUGAGAACGUCCUUUGUAAAACAAAUUUACUCAGCACAGUACAAUGCAAAGUUACUGGAUUAUCAUUUGUCUUGCUUACAUUGCCACAUAUUCAAAUCUUGCUUGGCUGUGAUUGAGUCACUGCAAGUUCUAGACAUCUGUUAUGUGCAUAUAGGUUGGAGGUAUGUAUUAAAGGGUGAGUAAAAUUCUUUCGAUCGGUUACAAAUCAGUGGUAACUUGAAUGGAAAAUACUUGAGCCGUACCAUUAUUCUUUUGCUAAUAAACCUGUAUAAACUGUGUCUUUGAAAGGAGCUGCACUUCUUUGUCAUAAUACUGUUAUAGAUAAUUCAGUACCAAAGUAUGUGGAAAGAAGUACUAAAUGAAGGUAACUUUUGGGCCAAAUAGAUUAGCCAUACAGCAGUCUGCAAUUUUAUUUCAAUAAUAGCUGUCUUUUUCACCCUCAGAAACUCUCAUGUAGAACCUCUUGGCAUUUUCCUUUUUCAAACCCACUAAAAGUCUCACUGAAUCAUGCUUUGUUGGAGCAUGGAAAAGCUUUGCAUUAGUGUUGUUGAGAAAUCAGGAUCUCAGGGCAGCAGAUAUGUAGUAUUAUAUUUGCACUUUUGUCUACUAAAAUAGAAUGAGCAAGAAGGAAGUAUUCAAAUAAGAGAGGGGAAUAAAGAGAGACUGAUACUUAUGGAUCGGCUGAGAAGUUUCCAAAUAUGUGUAUUAUACUUAGGCUCUGGUAAUUUUUUUAAGUUGAUAAAGAGCUUUUUUAAUAAAGAGGUAGGUGUGGUCUAUAAACCAAUAAAAUAAACUUUCUCAAUAAA